CCUACAGGCGUGGCUCCGGAUUCCACUUCCUCCUGACCCGCAUCAUUACGUUCAAGCAACACAUCGCCACAAACUUUGGAGACUUCGGCAGUGGUCGUUCCUCGAUGUAACAGAGCACAGAGAAGGCUCUACUACAGUAUUAUGGCAGAUAAAGGAUCUCUUCUGACCGCAAUCAUAAUUUUCUAUUUGUCCAUCGGUGCCGCGAUAUUUCAGAUCCUCGAGGAGCCGCAUUUAAACACAGCCGUGGACGAUUAUAAAAACCGCACCGACGAGUUAUUACUGAAAUAUCCCUGCUUAAAAAAGGGCGAUUUGGACCUGAUUAUUGAGAUCGUGGCUACGGCGGCUGGGAAAGGUGUGACCGUAACGGGAGAGAAGAAAAUCAACAACUGGAGUUGGGAGAACGCAGUCAUUUUUGCUGCCACGGUCAUCACUACUAUAGGUUAUGGCAAUGUCGCGCCGAAGACGACUGGAGGCCGUUUAUUCUGUAUCCUGUAUGGGCUCUGCGGCAUCCCUCUUUGCCUCACCUGGAUAAGUGAGCUGGGUACCUUUUUUGGCAGCAGGGCAAAGCGCCUGAGCCAGGUGCUCCUCCACAGAAGCUUCACGAAAAAAGUCCAGUUCAUAUGCACAGCCGUUUUCCUUUUAUGGGGUUUCCUGGUUCACCUGAUCAUCCCGGCCUGUGUAUUCAUGCGCUUUGAGGACUGGACCUACUUGGAAGGGCUGUACUUCUCUUUCACUACCUUGACGACUGUGGGUUUCGGUGACUAUGUGACAGGUGUGAACCCUGCUAGGGUUUACCCAACUCUCUACAAAUUCUUUGUGCAGUUAUGGAUCUGCCUGGGUCUUGCCUGGUUGUCCCUUUUCUUCAGCUGGAAUGUGCACAUGGUGGUUGAGGCUCAUAAAGUCCUGAAGAAAAGAAGGCUGAAACGCCACAGGCUGUCCAUCGAUGAUGUACCGGUGAAAAAAGAAGUCAAGAAAGCCCCGAAGCCACCGCCUCUCUCUGGCGUCAUUGAUAUCUUUGAGUUCAUGUCUGAGAAGGUUGAAGACUACAACGACGUUAUCCAAGCCAUCGGAGCAGAUAAGAGAAGGAAGAAAAAGCAGCAGGAGGAGGAACUGGCACGGUCCAAGAGCUGUAGUGACCUAUUGAACGGCCUGGUCAUCCCACUCGAUCACUCUCCUCGUCUGAAACGGCGUUUCAGUGUCAGUGCCAACAUGUGCAUGGUCACACCUGGAGAGUCGACGGAUUGCCUCAACAACAACAACAACCAAGAGGAGCAGACACUACUGAAAGAGCACCAAAGAGAGACUAAAAAUAAGAGAGAAGAGAAGCCUGGACGUUGUGCACGGGACUCCAGAAGAUCAGACCCAUCAGUCGGCCAGAGACCUGUUCAAAGCCCUACCCUUACCACCAACAACAGAGGAUCAAGAUUCUCAGUGUCCAAAGUAUCAGAGGACCCUUUGACAGAGAGGAGAAAAAGCAUUGGUUGACAAAGAGCCUGCACUGCUUUAAAUCAUGAUUUUUUUUUUCGGAUGAGAAGGUCACUAUGGCUGAGGUGACACAAGGAGGAGCAUGUGAAGAACUCGUAAGGCAUUACAAGAACAAAGAACGUUGCUCUCAUAUGCGUACAAGCGCUUCCUCUACCUAGAAGUGUUCAUUGGUUUCCGCAGUAUUGAAAGACAUUCAGGUAUCACACGGGGUCGUGAAGCCAGCCUGUGACCAAGAUAAGGAUGUGAGGGUUGGCAGAGGAAACAAACCGAUUUCCUUCACAGAUGUUGGAAAGUUUGGGUGUGGUACUUUAACCGUGGGUUUUUCAUUCUUUCUCUGGAUUUGUUAUCAAAAUGACAGCUAGGAGAAAUCCUGGGAUAUGUUUGGAAUGGAAUACUAGCAUAUUGCUGACUAUUUUUUUUAAAAGCGGCCUUUCUGGUUACUUCUUAAGCUUCUUAAGCCCCAGCAAUGGAGCUGGAAUAAUAAUGACAGUUUCCCAAACCAUGAUAACGAAAUUGUCCUGCCCCAAACUCACGCUAUUGGUUGAGCCGAUAUCACUGUGUUGGGAUGCUGAAACAAACGGAACGAUGUUUUCUUUUCACACCAUGUUCAAUUAAAUAUUAGUUGAUAUAGCGAGUGAAUAUUUGUCUAUAUUUAUGUAUGGCUGGAGUACAAAGCGACUUAACGGUAACACAUGUAAUUUUAUAUGUUAAGUUGCACUUGACAUGGAAAAUUAAAUCGAUUGUGAAACAGUAAGAAAGUAAUGCUAUAAUGUUGGCACAUGACCUCUUGUAUCUAUAAACCAGAGUUUUAAUCCAGUUAUAAUUUAGGAAAUAAAAAUGGUUAUUUUGUCCAACUUGGUGCCAAAAUGUGCAAAUUUGGGCAGUUUGACCAAAUGACAUUUCCAGUAUUUGCAGUCAAACUGAGAACUAAUGGUCCAAUUUCAGAAAACACUGCAUUGCAGGAUCCAGUGUUUGACAUAAUGCAACCUACGACAUUUGCCAAAGAGUAAUAUUGUAGAUUAAUUUCUGAGCGUAUCUUGUCUUGAAUGCUGUAAUGGUUCUGUGGCUGUUCUUAGGUUCAUCUUGCACUAGGGAUGAGUUUUAUGCCUUGUCCUGCUGAGGAAGCACCUUAUCAGGCUUCCAGGAAAUUGCCUUCUCUUGAAAGAUUUGUGGAGGACGCGAUAUGGGACGUAACUUCAUCUUAACACCUGAUUGAUGGACCUAAGAAUUUGUUUGACUCUUUUUAAUUAUCAUUUGUAUAUAUUUUUUGUACUUGUUUUUUUUUUUAAUGCAAUUUUUGAUAAUAAAUGUUUUUUUCCCACCGCG